AUAGACGGACGCAGCUCCGCUUUAGUUUCCAGUAAGUAGGGCUUAAUUCACUGUCUGUCGCUUUAAAUGGCUGCCAAAGAAUUUCCACACCGAAAACCGGCUCGUGAGAGUAUUCAAGCGACCCCUUCUCUUUCCAGCCAUCAGGUUUUAGCUGUGCUCUUAUGUCUCCUCCAGCCGGCAGCUUCACAAGAGGUUACCGCUAACAUGUCUGUUCCUGCCGACGGUCACUUCUUAUAUUUUGCCUUUGGGAGCAACCUGCUAAGGGAAAGACUGCAGCUGGCCAACCCUUCAGCGGUGUUUGUCACUACUGGGAGACUGAAGGACUAUGAGUUGAACUUUGGCCAGUGGGAGCAACAUGUAGACAACUAUUGGCACGGUGGAGUGGCCACGAUCCAGUCCCAUCCAGGCAGCGAAGUGUGGGGGGUGAUCUGGACUUUGAGCGAUGAAAACCUCCAGAGCUUGGACGAACAAGAAGGGGUGGGUCAGGGACAGUACUCUCCUCUGAAGGUCUCAGUGGACACUGACAAAGGUCUGAUGCUGUGCAGAACCUACCAGAUGAACAAUUUCCACCCCUGCCCUCCUUCUCCUCAGUACAAAGAGGUGGUGUGUCUCGGCGCAGAGCAGAACGGACUCCCGGUGGAGUACCUGGAGAAACUGAAGACCAUUCAAACCAACAACUACAGCGGCCCCUCACUGCUCGAUCAAAUCAGACCUGCUAUGAAAUAGAGUUUAAAGUUCUUUUCUUUAGAGACAUGUGAAAAAUACCUCGAAACAAAAUGUAGCAAGUGCUCUGAGGACAAAAAGGCCACAAGGUGGACCUCGCGGUGGGCUACAAUUUCUGAUAAGUAGUUUUUUCUGUUAAUGAUCAACUUAUACUCAGUAGUGGGAUGAGACUCUGGUACUUAAGUAAAGAUACACUAACUGAUUAACAUUUACUUCAGUAGAAGUAUUUACUAGGGCCGUAUUCAUAAAUCUUCCUGCUACUAGAGACAAAAUAAAAAAAAAAAGCUCAGCGUUAGUUCAUGCAGGAUACAAUAGUCAUACGCCCAGCUGUGAUCAGCUGACGGCCAGCUGAUCCCAAUUAUUGCCUCCCAGCUCCAAUCACAGCUCUAUCUGUCACAGGGGACAUUUAGUGUUCUUUAAAUAAAAAAAAUUGUGUAUGUAUAGGGAUGAAUGAAUAAUAUUUAAGAGGUUAUUUACUUUAAAAAUAUGGCUUAGGACUAAUUCAAGACAGACGUUUAAUUUCAUCAUCACCAUCUCUAACUAAACUGUGAUUGAGUUUGCUAUCCUAUGCCCAUGUUCACUAAAAGAGCAAUUUUUACUCAUUAUUAAACCAUUCCCAGCCUCUGAAAUAUUUGUCAUACCCAGCAACUGAGUCAAUUCGGUCUCUUCACUGAGAAAAAGAUUGCUGUCCUUGCCUUGUUUGUAAUUUUAAUGCAAAGGAGCUCUCAGAGAAGAUUCUCAGUGUCUAUGUAAGUGGACCAUGUCAUAUACAGGUCAUUCAGAAAGUAUUCAAGCCCCUUGACUUUUUCAGUUUUACGAUCCAGCCUGAUGCUGCAGUUGACUGAGAACUUUAGAAAUUUUUGUGCAAAUUUAUUAAAAAGAAAAAACUGAAAUAUCACAUCCACAUUAAAUUUUCAGACCCUUUACUCGGUUGUUUGCCGAAGCGCCUUUGGCAGUAACUACAGCCUCUGGUCUAUUUGAAUAUGACCCAACAAGCUUUGCACACCUAAGGUUACAGGAUUUUCUGCUAUUCUUCUUUGCAAAUCCUCUCAAGCUCAGUCAGGUUGGAUGGAGACCGUCAGUGCACAGCCGUUUUCAGGUCCCUCCAGUUUUUUCACAUUUAGAGUAGUUUCUGGGGAAAUGCCCAAAGAAAGUUCUACAAAGACUCCUUAUUCUUUUUGGGACAAUUACUUUUAGUUUCUAUGAAAAUCCUAACAAAAAUCAGAGUUUUAAUAAAUUCAAAAUUAACAUUCUUGAAUUGUUCAGGGAAAUAAAUAUGCAAAGCUCAUGACACCAAAAAAGGGGUGGUGGUCAGACUUGUAUUUUAUUAAGGGUAAAAACAGUCAUAACCAGAAAAAAAAACUAAGGCACACUGUAUUGAAAAAGUUAAAAAGCCUUUAAUAAAUGGGCUAGAGCGCCUACGCAAUUCAACUUACAAAGUCUUCAUCAGGGCUUUUAAAAACAAGUGACUGUUCACAGAUUUUCAAGGCUGUGGCAAUCAGUCAACUGCUUCUCAGCUGCAGAGAGAAAAGUGGGUGAGUACUUUUAAUUGGUGCACUCCAACAAAACAAGCUCAGAGCAAGAACAUUUGUUACACUAUAGCCAUCUUGGUUUUUUUGAUCAAAUAUGCAAAGCUAUUUUACUUCCUUUGCUGUCAAAAGCAUAAACAAUGGAAAAAAGACCUUUAGAUAAACUCGCAACCCACUUUUGGGUCCUGACCCACCGGCCGAGAACCGCUGCUGUAACAGAUAUCUUGUAACAGUACGAUUAUGUAAACAGUGAAGAGGAAGGCAGUUUUAAUAAACAGAAUAGAAAUAUUCAAACAUUUAUUCCAGAUUGGGAGUUAGGGAUUUUUUAGAUCAAGUUAUGCGCUUACAGAACAACACGAUGGAGCCAGUAGUAAAUAAUGCAUGACUGUAAAAUUAACAUAUCUGUUUGGCUGGAUCAACAAUUCCUUUUGUCUUUUUUUUGACAAGCUAUGAUAUGUGAUAUGAUUCAUUUAAGAAGAAUCAACAUGAAGGAUUAUAAAUCUAUAAUGUACAUUGUGGGCUGAUAAUUGUUUAAAUUAUUUUUAAAACAUUAAACUCUGAUGCACACUUCA